AUGAAUGGGACGGAAGGUAUCAAUUUUUACGUGCCUAUGUCCAACAAGACAGGGGUGGUGCGAAGCCCCUUCGAGUACCCCCAAUAUUACCUAGCCGAGCCCUGGAAAUACCGCGUUGUGUGCUGCUACAUCUUCUUCCUCAUCUCCACCGGUUUGCCCAUCAACCUCCUCACCCUCCUGGUCACCUUCAAACACAAGAAGCUCCGGCAGCCGCUCAACUACAUCUUGGUCAACCUGGCGGUGGCUGACCUCGUCAUGGCCUGUUUUGGUUUCACGGUCACCUUCUACACCGCCUGGAACGGCUACUUCGUCUUCGGACCCGUGGGCUGUGCCGUGGAGGGCUUCUUCGCCACGCUGGGAGGCCAAGUCGCCCUGUGGUCCCUGGUCGUCUUGGCCAUAGAGCGCUACAUCGUCGUCUGCAAACCCAUGGGAAACUUCCGCUUCUCUGCAACCCAUGCCAUGAUGGGCAUCGCUUUUACCUGGAUAAUGGCCUUUUCCUGUGCCGCUCCACCCCUCUUCGGCUGGUCCAGGUGA